UCAGACAAAAAUGGACUUCAUGACUCGGUUUAAAGGCAAAGUCUCUACUAUUGGGAAAGAUGGAGAGAUGGGGCUGGUAGCAAGAUCUUCUCAAACUCAUAUGUACCCUCAGAACUCGAAUGUAACGGUUUUGACAAAUAUUGAUAACCCAAGGAACUCUCAGGUGGAUUAUCAUAAAUAAGCCACAGGCUCCACAAACUCAGUAUGGGCCAUACACUAAUGGGCCUAUUGAGGGAGACAUGUUCUCGAUGAACGGAGCUGAUUCUAACCGAUUUGAAGUCAUGAGUGAUGGAGCUUAUCCAAAAUAUAGAGCGCCUGCAACAAUGCAAGAAUUUCAGCAUUCAAAUUAUGAUAAUAUUGACUCAACAAAUGACAAUUAUGUUCCUCGAGCAGCUCCAAGUUAUCAUAAGAUGAAAGACAGACUCAAUAGUAUGAGGAAGUUGAAUGCUUCUAAUGUUGUAAACAAUGUUUUGAGCAGCAAUAAGAAGAAGAGACCUGAAAAAAUAGCAGCUAUGAGGAUCGAUCAUGCUAAUAGAGACACAGAAGCUAGUAAGCAGAAUCUCAAACAAUCAGAGGAGCAAGAGAGUAGAACUAAUCGAGCAAAUAGAGACAGAAGAGAGGAAGCCAAAAAUGUUAAGAGUAAAUCCCAAUUUAGACAUGCUCGUCCUCCUCUGCCAAAGAACACUGAUAGAAAUAUUUCAAACGUGGCCAAGAAUCGAAAUCUCAGAAUAAAGAGAAGCGAGACAAAGUACAACACUGAUGUUGAGGAUAUCAAAAGAAAAAGUAGGAUCCCUAGGCUAUCAAAAGCUUCAGCUGAGAGAAUUCCUGAGCCUAAGAAGUAUAUCCCUGAGUCUGAAUAUACCCCUAGUGAGAGUACCAAGAAGCCUCAGAUGAGAAGGUCUCAUUCAUAUCUACAAGAUAAGGUUAAAAAAGUCGAUGCUGAUCCAAAUAAUGUGCAUAAUUAUCGUAAAAUAGCGAAUUCUGCUGCUAAACCUCCAGUGAUGGCUAAAUCUAGCAGCCGGAAGGCUGUUAAUUACAAGCCGUACACUUUGAGGGAAUACAAAGAAACCUUUGACAAAGGCAAUAAUUUUGGAAACAAACAUAGAGGAGGUCUCGGUGCUAAUAUCGGAGGUGAUGAAUGGCAAAAAGAAAAUGAAAAACGUAAAAGAAUAAGAGAAUUUGCCUCAAGAGUUAAGAAUCAGAGAAAGCUCAUAGAUGGAUCCAUGCGCCGCACCAGUCAGACUCAGGAUUCUGAGAAUAGAGAGAAAUAGCAAGAGGGAGAUUGCUAUUGAAUAUUCUAAAGGAAUUUCAAAACCUGUCAACCAAAGGAUGGAACAUCAGUCUGAAGUUCUCGAUAAUUAUGAACAUCCUAGUUCGAUGUAUAGUAAUGAAUACUCUUAUCAGCAUAACCAAUAUUCAGAAAUUGAUAAUCUUGAGGAAGAUGAUAACAACUUUGCCAGUGAGAUAGACAAACUUAAGCAGAUGUUCGAUAGGAACUCAUAAAAUAUUAUUAUUUUCAGAAAAAAA